AUGGAACGCUUUUCACAAGUUAUCGAAGAUGAUUCACAUUCAACUUGUGAUGAUAUUAUAGCUGAGACAUCUCUCUCUUAUGGUAUAAUAGAACGAAUUAUUAAUGAUUGUCUAAAGACGAAAAAAGUUACAUCACGUUGGAUCGCUCAUCAACCUAAUGACGAACAGAAGCAAAAACCACUUACAAUUUGUUGUGAAAAUUUAGCAAUAUUUUGA